AGAUGAACUCGAGCAAUGGGGUGCCAUGGAAUCCUUCGCCCGUUCUACAAAAGUAUUGCAGACUUCUCGCCCAAACUUUCGUUAGACCGAGUGGCCCGAACUCCACACAAGACCAUGGAUCACGACAUUGAAACAAACACUCUUGAGGAUUUAGAUAACCGGCCUUUAAAAAAAGCAAGAUGUUGUGAAUCAGUUAUUUUGGAUGAUUUACCUUCCGUCUCAGCAUCAUCUCUGGUUUCUGAAACUUGUUCGCAAUCAGAUGAUCAUAUAGAUGCUGAUCCAUUGCCAUCGCCUCCAUCAGCAACCAAGUUGACAGUUUCUGAACUGGCUAAUGAUGAAAAAGAUCCAGAUGAUGCUUCUCAAACGAUAGGUUCAGAAUCAGCUGAUCAUAUAGAUGGUGAUCCAUUGCUAUCGCCUCCAUCAACAACCAAGUCGACAGUUUCUGAAUUGAUGAACGAGGAAAAUAUAAAUGACGUGAUAUAUGAAUUGGCGGAUGAAGAAAAAACUGACGUGACAUAUGACUAUCUACCACAAGGUAAAAUUUUCACUUAUUAUUUUUAUACUUCUGCACUAAUGAUUUUCAUCAAUGGGCUAGAGCUUUUCAUCAAGAUAUAGCGCAAAACUGUUGAUUCAAUCUAUUUGUAGAUUAUGCAUCAACCGAACUGGAUGUAUGUUCAUUAUAUCUAAAUUAGGGUAUAACGCAAAUCUGUUACUUCCAUCUUUUUGUAGAUUACGCAUUGACGGAACUGGAUCUGUGUGCUCAUUUAGUAAUCGAAGACUCUUCAAAAAAACAAAUAUUGGUGAAGAUAGAUCAAGUAUAUGUCAAACAGUGUGAUUUGAUGUGCCUGCUAGAUAGUGCCAAAUGGCUAAAUGAUGAUGUAAGUACCUUUAGUAACAAGAAAAAUGUUUAUGAUUAUUUUAGUAUUCAUCAACAAUAAAUAAUUUCAAAACUUUUUAG